GCAGAUUGCAUAUAUUAAUUUAUCAGUGUACCGUCGCACAUAAAAUAUACGACGCCAAUUUUUAGGUUGCUUGGCAACAAGAUUUUUUUUCAUAAAAAGUAUAUUAUAUCUCAAGCCAAAGAUAUAAUAUACUUUUUAUGACCAAGUCUUCGCCCAAAAUGCCAUCCACUAAGGAGUGGAAAAAUAGCUUCUUAGCGAAACAGGGCGAUUCAUACUUUGUCAGUCUUCCAAAUGACGCACGAGCUGACACAAUAAUCAUAAUUUUGAAUCAUAUGUCGAGCUGUGACGUUUUCAUAAGAAAAUUGGAGUACCGAGUAGCUGAGUUUGGGGAUGAAUGGGAGGACGAAUUUGAAAAAAUGAUCGAUUACAUCAAGGAAACUCCGGAAUUGGCUAAACAAUUGAAAUGCGUUAAUAUCAAACUUGGGAAAAACUGUGAUCGGGAUCAAGAUACGUCGUACAUGCACCACUCGAUCCUAAAAGUUCUGAAAAAGUCCAUCAUCACUGGCGAGGCCUAUGCCAAUAAAGAUUACAAACAAAAUGAGAUCCGCCUCGUCAUUUCGGAACGUAACUGUCCCAACUUUCUCCAAUGGCUGCGUUCGUAUUUAAUCGAAUACAACGUCCGACGCUUGGAUGAAGCAACGCAACAAAAAUUUGCAGAAAUCCUAAAAAUUAUUGAAGUUCAAUCACACUCCAAAAAUCCGUCGAGCUUGUUCGACAUAUUGAACAACAAAAAACCUGUGUCAAAAUUCGUCCAUCACAAUCACGGAUAACGAUAGGGGGGGGCUAGCAAAAAUUUUUGUGGCAAUCUUCCGCACUGCUUGGAGAAUCGUGGAGGAGGUAAUUUACGACGGACAUAUUUUCUAAAGCCGGGCGACUUGUGACACAUGCUCGUUCCAUUUGUUUAAAUUUGUGAAUUACUGCAAAUGCUCGUAAUUAAUGGAGGGCCGUGUCAUGGGGGAGACGCGUCGAAAAGUCAGGUCGUGCGAAAUCCACUCAUGACACGGGCCUCCAUUAAUUCGGAGCAUUUGCAGCAAUUCACAAACUUAACAAAAUGGAACAAGCAUGUCACGGGUCGUCCGGCAUUUCGAAAAUAUGUCCUUCGUGAAUUCCCUCCUCCUAGAUUCUCCAAUCAGUGCGAGGGAUUCAACGAAGACGUUUUCUAGCGCUCCCCGAUUCAGAAUUAAUAGGGUCUCCCAAGUUUGUAAAAAAGAUCUGAAAAAGCGAAAAGCUAAAAAAUCUGAAAUCCGCUUUUUUCGCUCAAUACUUGACUGUCCCGAUUUUUUAUCGCUUGAAUAUUCAGGAGCAGAGAAUGGGUGGUCAGGAAACUUUCGAGUUUCUUUUAAAAUUUAAAUUUGCUUCAUGUUGGAUAUGAUAAAACAACUAUCUAAGAUCAUGUAAAUCCAAAAAUUACCAAAAUGGGAUGAAAAUAGGAUUUUUGGCAAAGGUUUGAAUGCGGUAGUUUUAGUGGUUGCAAUGCUUUUCAGGGGGUGUGGCGGGCGCAGGUGGGGCAAUGGAAUAAAAUCCUCCCUCACUUUUCAUACACUCACCUGAUAUUGUAAUAUAUUCCAUAGGGCAUCAAAAUUGGGUGAUGUCCCCUUAAACAUGUCUCUGAGAGACUGAUUUUUCACUCAAAGUAGUAAAAAGAGCGAAAAAAUCAUCUUAAAGUAGAUUUUAUUUCUGAGCAGAAGAAGCGGAAAAAAGAUCGGAAUCGCAUGCGCAGUGCGGUUUACAAAAAGAGCGAAAAAAUCGUGAGCGGAAAAAGCGAUUUUUUUUACAAAGUUGGGACACCCUAAUAUUACGUAAAAUAAGUCAUGCUAAAAAAUCUUCAAAAUUCAAUGUUUUUGAAAAACUCUCUUCGUCUCAACGUUUCCUGUAAAAAAUUGUAUUUAUCAUUCCGUAAAAGACUAAUUCUUUGUUGUUCUGAAUACUCAAACUUCAAAGUUCACCUUCAUUACAGAUCUCUCUUCAUCUAAAUGUGUGCAAAUUAAUCUCCAAUUACAUAUCUUUACAAAAUUCCUGUUUUUCAUAUUGUUAUGUAUUUGCCUCACUUAAAAUAAAUAAUUAAUAAUAACAUUGUAUACAAUAUUAAAAGUAUUAUACAAGAAAUUUUGUAUAAAAUUUUAAUAAUAAGUAAGUAACAUUUUUAAUAUUAUAUGCAAUAUUAUUAUUAAUUAUUUAUUUUUAUUACUCACUUAAAUUGAUCACUUCUACUCAAACUGUAUUUACUUAUGUUUCAAUAAAUGCAUGGAUUAAA